AUGGAUCUCUUUUGCGAAGAUAUAGAAAACGAACGUUUGCACUUUCCUAACUUAAAUACUGUUUUUGAUGACGCUGAAGAUAAUAAUGAUAUUGAUCUCAAUCAGUUCAUUAAUUUUAUAAAGAAACUUAAAUCUGAAUUUGAAGAUAGAUUUAUUGAUUUCAAAAAAAUUAAGAAUGUAGUGCAAAUUUUGAAUAAUUGUUUUUCAUUACAUCCCAACGGCGAAUGGAGUAGUGAAGCCACAAGCGUUUUUGGCUCUAAUAAAGCUGCCCUACAGAUGGAGAUAAUCGAAUUCCAGGAAGACAUGAGUUUAAAGGAAAAAUUUACUCAAGUCACCAACACUUUACAGUACGAUCAAUUCUGGAUGAAAUACGUUUGUUCAAGUAAAUACCCAGAACUAAAACGCCUGGUUUCAAAACUGUGUACAAUGUUUGGAUCAACAUAUGUUUGUGAAGCCGCUUUUUCUAAGAUGAACUUUAUUAAAAACAAUUUCAGAUCUCGGUUAACAGAUGAACAUCUUAACGAGUUAAUGCAAAUCAGUUGCACUAACUUCACUCCAAAUAUUAGGAAGCUCGUGAAAACUAAAAAAUGCAAUUUUUCACAUUAA